AUGUCAAUUAAUCAAGCUCAUUAUCAAGGCGGUCUUCUACUCUAUCAAGGCGAACAAAUUGUCAAUCAUUCGAAAAAUGUAACAUUAACAUUUGAUGAUACAAGUCGUCAAUGUGGUGAAAUAUUUCGUGGAAAACACAAAGGAAGAGUAUUUGUAACAACUCAUCGAAUGAUCUUUCUUAGUGAUGAUCCACGAGAUAGUUUACUUUCAUUUGCUGUGGCUUUUAUGUCUAUGAGAAAUUUACAUGUUGAACAACCAAUAUUUGGUGCUAAUUAUAUUUCUGGUAUUGCUGGUGCACAUCCAAACGGUUAG